UGAAAAUCGUGCCAUACCGCAAUAAAACUAUGGACGAGAAUGAGACUAUUUCACGGGAUGCUACGCAUAUAACGUUCGUCGUCGUCGUGUAUAUGAAAGUUCAGCUGCACAGACGGUAGCCUAGCUUUCUGGAAAACAAAAUCCAUCUGCUUGACUUGAUGUGAUUGUUUGAAAGUAUGGCAUAUUCUAGCAAACCACUGCCAGCACUACCGGAAAGGCCGAAGACUCCAUCUACAGAGGACAUGUUGGAAGAUCUUAAAACUGCAGAUGAUGGAGAUACAGCCUUCUCAGCACUACACAAUAUUGUAAAUGAUGCUUGUGGUACCAAAGGUAGUGGAGAAGCAACAUCUUCACAGGUGAAACUUAACGAGAACUUAGGAGAGAGACAGAUAUUAUUAUUAACCGACAAUUUGAAUGAAAACAGUGAAGUUUCAAGAGAAUUUGAGAAAGUCAAAAGAUAUUUAGACGCAAACACUUAUCUUGAAACAUCUCAAGAGACUAUACAGGCAGACCUAACUAAACUUAUAGAAGCAAAAGAUGAAAUGCAGGAUAUUAUGAAAAAAUUACAAGAACAACUUGGACAGAGAUGAAGAAGAAUGUGAAUUGGAAUCUUGUUUGUAAUAUUGUACUGCAUUUCCAUUUCCAAUUAUUGGUACUGUUGUAAUAUAAUGUGAAAGUGUUAUACAGCUUGAAAAUUGGUCCAUUUUUAUAAACUCAACCUAUUCUUUCCAUUCGUUUUAUUGAAAAAUUUAUGCGAGUUUCCCCAUUUCAAAGCAAAUAAUCAUGCAGCAUAUAAAAGUUGGGACAUUACAUAUCUAAACGGUUCUUCUCAGAACCAAAUAACCAUCAGUUGAGAUUUGUAUUUAUUUAUUAUUUAUUGUUAUGUAUAAUAUCAGAUUGUAUAUUAUAAAAUAUAGAUCUACAGGUAUCUUU